CAUAUUAGCUGGAGAAAAAAAUAAAAAUUUACACAAGGCCAAGUUCUCAACAAGGACAUUUCGGUAAAUUCACAACAAACUUGGCCUUUGUUUUAAUAAAUAAGGAAACUGAACGGUUAAGAAGUCGUUCUGAUUUCGUUUUCGUCUCCCUUCUCUGUAAAGUCGUCUCCCUUCUACAAAAAACUCUCAGGGAGAGAGAGAGAGAGAGAGAGAGAGAGAGAUUCUUGCGGAGAUAUGAAGCUCAUCGUCUCGAGAUAGCUACGAAGAGUUUCCCGUGGAUCUUUAAUAAAAAUGACGACGAAGAUGAAAGGAGGAGGAGGAGGAGGAGGAGAGCAUUCUUCUUCCAGAAGCUCCGCGUCUCGUAGAUGGACGUUGUUACUCUGUUUAGGAAGCUUCUGCGUCGGAAUGUUCUUCACCGAUCGGAUGUGGAAUAUUCCGGAAUCUAGAGACAUCUCUCGUCCAUCAGUAACCGAAGCUGAGAGACUAAAGCUCAUAUCCGAAGGCGGCUGCAAUAAUCCAAAAUAUCUUUACCAGAAAGAAGUUAAAAGAGAUCCUCAGGCUUUGCUUGGUCAAGUCUCCAAUACUCACAAUGCUCUACAGACAUUGGAUAAGACUAUUUCGAGCUUAGAGAUGGAGUUAGCUGCUGCAAGGUCGGUUCAGGAGUCUUUAACAAACGGUGCUCCUGUAUCGGAUGAUAUGGGGAAGAAGAAGCAACCGCAGGGGAAGAAGAGACGGUACUUGAUGGUUGUUGGGAUUAAUACAGCUUUCAGUAGCAGGAAAAGAAGAGAUUCUGUUCGUGCAACGUGGAUGCCUCAAGGUGAGAAGAGGAGGAGGCUUGAAGAAGAGAAGGGGAUUAUUAUCCGGUUUGUUAUUGGUCACAGUGCCACGGCCGGGGGGAUUCUAGACCGAGCCAUUGAGGCUGAGGACAGGAAGCAUGGAGAUUUCUUGAGACUGGACCAUGUUGAAGGGUAUCUAGAGCUGUCAGGCAAGACGAAGACCUAUUUUGCUACGGCAUUUUCAAUGUGGGAUGCUGAUUUCUAUGUCAAAGUAGAUGAUGAUGUUCAUGUUAACAUAGCAACUCUUGGAGAAACUCUGGUUAGACACCGGAAAAAACCACGGGUUUAUAUCGGUUGCAUGAAGUCUGGUCCUGUUCUCUAUCAAAAAGGGGUGAGAUACCAUGAGCCAGAGUACUGGAAGUUUGGUGAGAAUGGGAACAAGUACUUCCGUCAUGCUACUGGACAGAUCUAUGCUAUUUCAAGAGACUUGGCUUCUUACAUAUCAAUCAAUCAGCAUGUUCUACACAAGUAUGCGAAUGAAGAUGUUUCCUUAGGAGCUUGGUUUAUUGGGAUUGAUGUUAAACACAUUGAUGAUAGAAGAUUAUGCUGUGGCACUCCUCCUGAUUGCGAAUGGAAAGCGCAAGCUGGGAACAUCUGCGUAGCAUCAUUCGACUGGACAUGCAGUGGAAUCUGCAGAUCAGCAGAUCGUCUAAAAGAGGUUCAUAGACGCUGCAGUGAAGGCGAAAACGCUCUUUGGAGUGCCACGUUUUGACAUAUAAAAAACAUAACGGUUGUUCUUCUCAAUACAAAAACAGCCCAAAGAUAAAGAGGAAGGUCAAGCAGAGAUACAAUUCUUUUUUUUUUUUGUUUGCUUAUUAGUAUCACCAAGAGAUAUCCCCACACACUUUUUUGUAAACAUUAGGUACAUAGGACUAGAGAUUAAGUGUGAAAAACUCUGGCGAAAAUCAUGAUUGCGUUUGAAUACGUUGCGGUGAACAUCCUUGCUGCUUUGUUUGUUUUGGAUGGCUUGGAAAUGAAGCAACUUGUGGAUUUAUUACAUCAAUACAAAACUAUGACUUGAUUCUUA